AAAAUAGAAGUAGAAGGAGAACCACCCAACUUGCACCACCCGCUGACCGACCAGUGGCGCAACCGAAAAUUUAGUUAUCUUCGCGGCCGCAAUAAUCGGCAAUCAUAUUCACUCGAUUUGUGAUCAAUAUAUAGUCUGAUAUAAAUAUUAAAAUAUAAAGAAAAUAUAUAUAUAUUUAUAUAUAUUAAUAUAUAUACAGUGUGGUGUGCAGAUACAUACUUACGUAAAUAGCAAAAAGAAAUCAUUGGGAAAGCAACAACUAGCAGCCAAACGACAACAUUUUUUUCGUGCUCUUUGUUUGUGGAAUAUCAGUCCAUCACUCAGCAGACCGCAGCCCGAAAAUGUUUCAAUUAUGUUAUCGCCGACAACCGCAGCAUCGUCCAGAAGAGCAGCAAUCGAAUCAGAGCAGCAGCAACCAAAAGGCGGCAGGAGCACUGCCAGGACCACAAGGAGCCGAGGAAUAAGCUGCACCUUUCCAAGACCCGGAAUCCGUAGACCAAAGCCGAAAAAAGGAAGGAAGCAAGGUCCAACCGAAAAGGAAACAGAAACAGAAAGCAAAUCCCAAACCGAAACUAGAACUAAAACCAAAAUCACCAGGCGACCGAGAGCAAUUUAGUUUAGUAACCGCAACGUCCAGAGUGGACGCGGAAUUAGUCAGUAGAGUGCAAGGAGUGCCAGGAGUACCAGGAUCAGAAGCAGGACUUCGCCAUGGGUUGCUCGCCAAGCACACUGCCCGCCCCCUCGUCCACCUCGGCCGCAGCCGGUGGCCAGCCCACCUCCGGCCAGGGAUCCCUGCCCCCCUUGGAUGCCUCUGAGAAGGAUGGCAGCCGACUCUUCUGCAUCAAGUUGCGUCGCAGUCGCCUGCGUCGCUGCAGCUGCGGGGGCGUAACCCUGCAGACUCCCAACGAUGGCAACGGCAGCACCGCGGGCAGCGGGGCGGGCGACAAUCUGUGCGGCCAGGUGCUACUCAAUCCACUGCAGACCAAGAACGAGGCCGACUACGAAAAGCUCAGUACCGGGAAGAAGGACUCGAUUGUCACGGUGGCAGCUUUGGGCAACUUUACGCACAGCGUGGUGCGACGUGCCACAGGCAGCACAGGCACAUCGGGCACUAGUUCAUCCGGCGGCGGGAAUAGCCGUCCAGGACACCGCAAGUCAUCGCUCGCCUUCGCCCUCACCCCAGAAGAUGAGCCAAUGGACGUGUACCAGCGAAAUCUCAUGGACCUGAAGUAUCCAACCGUGCUACCACCGAAUCCUCAACUUAAGGCCCUGCUCGUUUUCUACAAGGCGGACAGCAUCUGCGAUGCGGUCUCCGCGGCCUGCCAGCGCCAUCAACUGGACGUCACGUUGGUCAAGUCGAAGGAGGAGGCCCUGGACACGCUCCAGAAGUCGUAUGCCACCGCUCAGUGCUACCACCUAAUCAUAAUUGAUGCCCGUUCCUCCAAGAAUCUGGAUGCGGAGCAUAUUGCGAGAACCAUACGUCACACACACGGCCACCAUUUAACGACAAUAAUUGCAGUCUGCAAGAAGAGUUUCUUCGAAAAGGAUGAUGUGCUAAUUGCUCUAUUGGACGCUGGCGUUAAUAGAUGCGUAGCGGAGACGACCAACCUGGCCAUGUGCAGUGUGGAACUGAAGCAGAUACUGCACUCCAUCAUCCGGCCGCACAAUGUCAUGUCCACUCAGCAGGCACUCUACACGGCCCUGCACCGGCUGAAGGAGGUGGUGCUCAUCACGGAUGACGUGCUUCGCAUCCAGUACGCGAACCGUGCCACCGAGAGGCUCCUCAACAUGCGGCUGGACGAAAUCAUUAGCAAGCCGCUGGCGGACAUAUUCGUAUCGGACCUGUCCACAAUCAGUGAGCAGGGCAAGAGCAUCAAAGAGUUCGACGGGAUACUGACCGUGCGCCGCAAGAACCAGGAGGGCAUACCCAUGCAUGUACGGGUCGUGCCAGUGGCCUGCAUCGGCAGCGCACCCACGCACUUGAUUUUCAACUUUGAUGUGCCCGGCGGCCAGAUGGACUUCAUUGCCACACUGCCGCAGCCCAAGGAGGCGCCGCGCGGCUCACUGCACUCGGUGCGGCGUUGCAGUUUCGAUGUCCGGUCGAUCGCCUCGGAUGGAUUACGGAGGACCAGCCUGGCCAAGCUGACAUCGCUGCCGCUGGAGGCGCCUAUCACUAAAAUAAUCAAUUUACUAUCACAAGUACAGGAGAAUUGUUCGGCCGAUGAGGCGAGACUCAUUGACAAGGUCUUGGAGUUCCUGAAGCGCGAAGGACUCUACAGUCCACAAAUGAAGGAAAUACGAACCGAUGAUCCCAUAGCCACCGACUUAAUUGGUGCUCUACUAACAGGACCCAGCGUGUACUCCUCACGCCGCAGCUCGAAUGACUCCAUUAUACGCACUGGCAGCUCCACCAGAACGGCCACCAUUGUUCCAGCCAAAAUGAAGGCCAACCCCAUCAUUAUGGAACUUCUCGACGAAUCUCUGAGCUGGGACUUUGAUAUUUUCAAAUUGGAAGAGAUCACCGACUACCACCCGCUGCUCUAUCUGGGCAUGGAGAUGUUCCGGAGAUUCGAUGUCUUCGCCACCCUGAACAUCGAUGAGAACGUGUGCAAGGCCUGGUUGGCGGUAAUCGAGGCUCACUACCACAAGAGCAACACAUAUCACAACAGCACUCAUGCCGCGGACGUCAUGCAGGCCACUGGUGCUUUCAUUACACAGCUAACUAACAGGGACAUGAUGGUGAUGGAUCGCAUGGAGGAGGCCACAGCCCUGAUUGCCGCCGCCGCCCACGAUGUCGACCAUCCGGGUCGGUCCUCGGCCUUCCUCUGCAAUUCGAACGACUCCCUGGCCGUUCUGUACAAUGAUCUUACGGUGCUGGAGAACCAUCAUGCGGCCAUAACCUUUAAGCUAACACUGGGUGACGAUAAGAUCAACAUUUUCAAGAAUCUGGACAAGGAGCAGUACAAGUCGGCCCGCAGUACUAUCAUUGAUAUGAUCCUGGCCACGGAGAUGACACGGCACUUUGAGCAUUUGGCCAAGUUUGUGAGCGUUUUCGGAGGCGAUGAGUCACGAGAGCCACAUGCUCAGACUGAGGAGGAGACCUCGAUCCUUAUGCGACGCAUGCUGAUCAAGGUGGCCGAUGUGAGCAAUCCCGCCCGUCCCAUGCAGUACUGCAUCGAAUGGGCCAGACGUAUUGCCGAGGAGUACUUCAUGCAGACGGACGAGGAGAAGCAGCGACACAUGCCCAUUGUGAUGCCAAUGUUUGAUCGUGCAACCUGCAGCAUACCAAAGAGCCAGAUCGGCUUCAUCGAAUACAUCAUACAGGACAUGAUGCAUGCAUGGGAGAGCUUCAUCGACAUGCCGCAGCUCAUCACCUACAUGCAGAUCAACUAUUCGCAGUGGAAGAAAUACGAUGAGCAGGGCAUCAAUACACUGGCGGAUAUCAUGGCCAAGCAGCCGCCAGUGGGAAAGCUGGCCAACUCCAAAUAGCAUACGGCCUUCCGGAGAUUGUUCUCGGGUCUACUGAAGCCAUUGCCGGCCCAUGCGCCGGCCACCUCCACGAUUGGCGAGAACGAAAUGGAGGAUGUGCUCUAGUGACGGCGACGAAGGUCCUGCGAUGGCCAUUUCCGGCACCGCCCUCGCAGUCUCUCGGCCUAAUCCCGAUCCCGAUCCCGUUACUGAUAUCGAUGCCGAUGCUUGAGCAGCAUUCAGCUCCAACUUCUGCUCCUGCUCCAGUUGUUGUCUCUGCCCCUGCUCCACCAUCG